AAAUUCGGUAAGCUACGAUGAAAUAAUAACCUUAUUUACUUGCAAACGAAGCCGUUAAAUCUUUCACGCGGUCUCAUCCAGGGGCUUCUCCGUCGACGCGACGACAUGGCGAAUCCCCUCAACCGCGCUGCAGGCCCUCUGCGAUCGAGGGAAGGGCUGAUUACUCGUCCAUCCUCUUCUUCGGACGAGAUUCAAUUGCGGAUCGACCCGAUGCAUGGGGAUCUGGAUGAGGAGAUCGGUGGGCUUUACCGGAAAGUCCGACAGUUGAAAGGGGUAGCUCAAGAGAUAGAGUCCGAAGCAAAGUUUCAGAAUGAUUUCAUAACUCAAUUGCAAAUGACGUUAACUAAAGCCCAGGCUGGGGUAAAGAACAACAUGAGAAGGAUGAACAAGAGCAUCAUCCAGAACGGUUCAAACCAUGUCUUCCAUGUAAUUCUGUUUGCAUUGCUCUGCUUUUUCAUCGUCUACUUUUGGUCGAAGAUCUCCCGGUGAUAAAGAGAUUAGAAUGCAAGAGUGUGCAAAUAGAUGAAUCUUGUGGUUCAUUAUCUGUACUGGAUGUUCUGGAUAGAAAGCAUAUUUGAAUCUAACAACUAAGGUAGCUCCUGUUGUGAGAAUA